AUGCCAACUCCGCUGGAUAAUGCGAUGAAGUCAAAGAAUAUGGUCCUUGCCUUUGGAGGUGCAGUCGUAGCCGCAGCAGUUUGGACUAUCUGGGGCACAGACAUGUUUCCUGCCGAGCCAGAUCCCAAAGGCAACCCAGAGUCUUGGACGCGAGAAGAAAAGAGAAGAUGGCUAGCUGCUAGGAACUUAUUUCCCAACGACGACGACACAGACGAGCAGCUACUGGCCCGGAUAAAGGCGAAUUUGAGAAUUAAUAGGAAGUGA